CGCUUGUCGUGCCAGCCAGGCUCAUUGACGUCAAUGGAUUUCAGCGAGCACGCCCUACGUGGCCAGGAGGCGGGACCGGCCCCCUUCCCCUCCUCCCCCCAUCCUCACCCGCCAUUGGUGGAAGAGAUCUCCAGCGCGCACAGGCGGGAGCAGCGCACGGCUCCGCUCUGAUUGGUCGCUUUGGACGCCGCUGAUUUGUAAGUGACAGCCUGCCCAAGGACACAAAUUGAUUGCAGUCGAGGCUGGACACACGCAGUCUAGCAGCAGUUCGGCCAUUGUGGCAGUUUUGUUUGGGUAAAGAAAGGGUCGGCGAUGAAUGCAACAAGGAAGGAGACGCGAUAGAAGAUAAAAAGCGUGGAAGAGCAUUUCUGGAUCAUCUUCUGAACCUGCUUUGUAUGCCACCUUUCCCCGUGUUUUCCUCAAUGGACACCAGACCCGCCCACCCUUCUUCCUCCAUGUUGGCGGGCCCGUCCUCCCUGUGGCGGCUGGCCGAGAGGAGGAGCAGGAAGGCUGGCUCAGGGAACAUCUUCAGCAACGUGAACCUGUGGCAGCUCCAGAGGCUGUUCAGGGCGGCGGGGGACCAGGAUGCAGAGCAGAGGGCUCAGCUGGUUUGGGGCCACAGAGAUGAAGCUGAACUUGCUCAGGCCUUGAUAGGACUGAGGGCAAGAAGUCACCGAAGAGGGCUGAGGACUAACGGAAGGGCUGCACUGGGCUCACACUGGCUGCAAGCCUUCAAUCACCUCAGGAUUGGGGAGAGCUCACCAAGCAGCAGUCGUACGGAUCGUGGAGAGGACACUGAUCCUGAAGCACCGAGCAGCCCGGAGUCCGGCAGACACACCUCAGCAGCGACAACAGAAAGAGAAAUGGGGACAAAAAUGGGACUACCUGAGAGCCAGAGUCCUGCAGGGACAUCUGAGAGACCAGCUAGAGCCAGCUCAGGACUGAGGAGAGGAGGAGAGAACAACCCAGAGAGAUACCUCCACCGAAUACUCCACUGACUCGGCUGUCAAAACUGGAGCAAGGCUGAGUUCACUUCCAUGAAAAGUAACUGAUAAGUUCAGCUGUGACCUUACAGUUUCAGGUGAAACUGUGUUGCAAGUUGAAGGAAUAGAAUAGUUCUCAUAUUGCCAUACUAUGUCUGCUCUACUAAUAGCAGAUGGUAGUAUAUUGGCACUGCACUGUUAUGUGCUGGAGACACUUCUCCAAUUGAGUGUUUCAGUCCAAACCACUGACUGGCUCAAUGUGUCUCACAGCUUUUUUUAAAUUUUAUUUUAUAUUGAUUGCCUCUCAAGAAAUGCCUUAUCUGUUUUCCUAAAUUUUUCCUACUAUAGAUACUUCUAAUUAUUACCAAAAUAAAUGUAAUAGGAGUGUAGGUAGUGAUGUGACUAGUUGUUCAGAGAUGUAGAAGUCAAUAACUUUCAGCUUUAACAGAACACUACAUGGCAAAGUCACUUUAAAAAUGGUCCCGGCUCCAUUUUGACCUAUUGAUUCCGUCUGAAUACACUGAUAACAUCACACUCUAGAUGUGUUUAUGAACUGUUGUGUUCGUUUUUUUAUACCACAAAAAGCCAUUUAUGUACUUGCAUAUAAUAUUCUUUAUGUAGCUUAGCUUAAAAUAGAAUUUAAUGUCUUGAUUUUGUAUUUACACUACUCGAAGUCACAAAAAGGAAAAAAUGUUCAAACAUAUAUUAAGUUUUACGUGGUUUGUAUUCAUUAAGGAGAAAUCACUAGAGAGCGAAGAAUGUUUAUUGACGCUGAUGACAGAGAACAAGUAGAGAUUAUACACUGUUCAUGUGACGCAUCCUUGAUAAGAAUAAGAGAUGGGAAGGAUCCUCCUGCUAGUGUUGGACUAAAUAAGGUGCUGUAGUUGAAACGCCUGGAUCACCCUGCUGGAAAAGCUGGCGCUGCAGAAUCAUAUGUCUGAAAUUCAGAAUGACAGAUGCACUGUGACAUUUAAAGAGCAGCAACAGGCCGACUGAUUUGUUCACCACUGUGCUAUUAAAAAUGGAUGAAAGGAUUUUUGACUGAAAAAGAGAGAGGCAGUGGUGGAGCAGAUCAAAGUGUAAAAGCAGGAUGAUGGCAUAAAUUCCCAAUGAAUUACAAGUGAGAGGUUCAAGAUCUUCCUUAGUGAAUUUUCACCAAAGCUUUAUAUUUUAAACUUGAAUUGUCAAAUCGUUAACUGCGUACGGACCAAAAACAGUAAAUUACAAAUCUGAGGUCUCCUUGUGCAGGAGAAGACAAACUUGACAAAGCAAUACUCUCAUAAAAUGUUCAUGGUACCGGUGUGAAACCCUGCUGUGCCUGCGACAAACAAACCUCAGAGAUUGCUGGAAACUUGAAGAAGCUUUUUGAUAAAACUCUUUGAUGUGUCAUUUUUAGUGAUGGUAAAUAAAGCGAGUCUUUGUA